AUGCGGUUCAUCAUCCCCCUCACCCUCCUGCUGACCUCGCUGGCGCUCGCGGCGCCAACCGCCGACGCCGACGCCGACGCCGAAGCUGAUACCGCUGAUGCAGCGGCGGUGGUGGACGACGUGUCCGCCCCGGCACCCGCGGACGAGGCCAACACCCAGUGGUGUCGGCGCGGGUAUGACCAGUGCAUGAACAAUUGUCAUCGGAAUCAUGGGGGGCAGCGGUGUUAUCAUUACCACCCCUUGUGGUGGCUGCGGGGGUUUUAUGACUAG